AAAGAAAUAUACGAGUAUACAUGUAGAGACAAUUUAAAAUGACAGAAAUAAUGCAGAAAACUAAAAACAGCAACACUUUUCGGUUUAAAUCUUUCGCCGAUCGUGUAAACGAAAUUGAUAUACGUCGCUUGGCCUUAUACCGCAUUGGUCAUGAAAAUGAGGAUCUGCCAGAGGAAGAAAACGAGACUCACUUUCAUCAAACUCUCAAGAAAUGGAUAGUACUAAAUUUAACCGACGAGUUUGGUCAAUUUAGCCGAAAAUGUCUGAAGAUUGUGACGUUGCCGCAACUAAUACAUAAAAAGGACUUCGUCGUAGAUUUGCUUCUAGAACGGCUAGCCACUGCUACGAAUCUAUCAUUGCAACCGCUGCUGGAAUUAUUAUAUGUCUUAGGGCGUGAUUUGCGUGAAGAUUUCUAUCCAUACUUUCAGCGUGUGCUCGAUAGACUCAUUUGUCUACUAAACACUCAAGAUGCAGAGCAAUUAGAAUGGACUCUUGUUUGUUUAGCUUAUUUAUUUAAAGCACUUAAACCAUACUUGAAAAAGAAUAUUGGUGUUGUGUUUCAUGCUAUAUUGCCACUACUAGACGAACAACGUUAUGAGGAGCAUGUAACCAAUUUUGCCGUGGAGUGUUUCUCCUUUAUAGCGCGUGAUGUGCGUGACUAUCGCAAAUUUCUUGACUUCGUACUGGACACAGUGGCGCGUGAACAGGUCGACAGUAUCGCUGGUUGCGGACGUUUACUUUUCGAAAUUGUACGUGGUGUAAAGGGUCAAUUUCACUCCGUAGCAGGUGAUUUCUUACAAUUCAUAUUUGAAAGUUUGGUUGAUGAACAACGCGCCAAACAUAUUGAUAAGCUACAACUACUAUUUGAAAUUGUACAACAAUCCGUUCGGGAGUUACUCAACUUUCUCCUGCCGCAAAGCAUGCCACUGUUUUGGAAUAAACUAUGCAAUGUUACACAAAGCACAAUGAUAGCUGGUGUGGGCGCCUCUGACCGCUUGAUAUAUAUAUUACCAUUAUUUAUAAUAGCUGCCGAGCAUCGUAAUGGUCGUCAUUUGUGCGAAUUAGACAUUGUAGUACCGACGAUAUUGAAAAUGUUUGAUUAUUGUAGGCAGGAAUCAACAAAAACAAAAGCAACGGAGGCGCUGCAAUUACUUGUCCAGUUGGUUAGCAAAGUAUUAUUGGCUAAUAAUGUGAAUUUGACACAGUUGGACACUAGUCGCCUAAUGAAGAAAGCUUUAAGCGUGCAACAACGCGACAUUUAUGCGCAAUUUGUGUUGCUCAUCAAUGCGCAUGCGCAGUUCGAAUUAUUGGUGCUACCCUCAGUAGUUGCGAACUUCGAACAAAAUUUGGAUGAGGCGGCUUUUGAGUUGCUAACGCGUAUUCUUCUGAAGAAACGACCGUUAAACGGCAAUGCUUUCGCUUUGAAAUCGUGGCAACCAUAUACUCUACAUGUAAAACACCAACAAACGCUAGGAAAGUUACAGCAACAAUUGAAGGAAAUCAACUUGAGUGCCGAUAAGUUAAAUACCGAAUCGAAAGAGUUGCUUAAACAAACUUUGCUGCUAGUAUUAGUGCCACAUAUUGGUGGUAUUGAGAAGCAACCACUUGAGGCGCAGCUGAACUCAAUAAUGACGGAGAUUUUAAAUAAUCUGAAUGCAGAAAUGAACUUAAAACGUCACCUAACGGCAUUUUCACUUCUGCUCGAGACGCAUAUUCAUCUUAAAUUCAAAUGUUCGCCCGAAUUCUUGCAACUUGCCGUCCAAGCUUUGCUACCGCAUGCCACAAGCAAUCUGCAAGCCUUGGGGGCGCUUGACCAAAUACUCACAGCAACUCUGAAAUUUUCCAACGGAGACAUACAACAAAUUUCCGACCUCUUGGUGCCACUACUAAGCUCACAUGUGCACGAUGUACGUCUGCUUGCCGCACAUUCCCUUCAAACGCUCCACCAAGACGUGAAAUACGCACAUCCUUAUAAAAUAUUCUAUGCCGCCGAAUGCAUUGAACCAAACGUACAUAAUUAUCGUGAACAACUCUUGCAAUUACAGCAGCUGGAGACCUCAGGAGAACUCUAUCGCGCUAUAGACAAGCAGGAGGCUCACCGUGACAUCUUCAAACAACACAUACUACGCUUCCUACUCGGCAUGUUGUAUCAUAAUUUCAAGUUUAUUUGGGAGCCGGUACUAAAACUUAUAGAAUCUUAUGCACAGGUGAUGAGCGUUGCUGAUUUUUGGUGUAUUUAUGAAGAACAACUGCAACAUACCGCCGAGCGCAUUAACUACACGAUAGCUCCAGCGCACGAUUCAACUGCCUCUGUGGAGAAUGUGCCUUGUUGGAGCAAUGAUGUGCUAAAUGAGUUACUACCUGCAGUACAGCUGCCGAGACAAACUCAGCAACAGUUGCUGAAUUACAGAAAUCUAUUGUGGAUGCGACUGCCACAAUUCGGUCAAAUGGCUCAGCAGAAAAAUCGCGAUCUUGUUGGUCUCUUUCUACAAUUCGUGGACGAGGAGUAUCGUGCGCGCUUGGAAAAACGCGAGUUAACGUGGGAUCUCACACAACUGGGUGCUGAGCAGACACAGGAACAAUUGGCGGAAGCGGAAGGCGUGGAAAGUGACGCAGAAGGGGACGAAGAUGACAAGCCAAAUGAUCGUCCUCGUAAAAUCGCGCGUCGCAACAAAAACCGUAGAGAGCAGCAGGGUUUCAUCGCUAAAAGUAUACUUCAGACUCUGCAUAGUAAACUUGGCGUAUUCGCCGCGCAAACCAACCCGCGCUCACUUUACCGCGAACCCGAGCUGUACGCGCUUUACAUUGACCUCUUGGCCGGUCCAAAUGCGCAGCUACAACGUGCUGCGCUUGACUGUAUACUCCGUUAUAAGUCGAAAUCUUUAUUACCCCACAAGGAACACCUAUACGCUUUAAUCGACGAAGUGAAAUUCAAAGAGGAACUUGUCAACUUCAAAUUGGAUGAAGCUGUGAGCGCCGAACAGAGGCCUGAGCUCAUGAAGAUACUGUUACGUAUACUCUAUGGCAAAAUGAUCACUAAAGGCACACAAAGGGCGCUGAGCGCGCAGGCGCGCAAGUCUUUAAUUCUCCGCUUUUUGGGACAGUGUACGACUGAAGAGAUCUUGUGGUUUUUAGAGAUGGCAUUUGGGAAAUAUGAAAAAUAUACCGAGUCAACGGCACUACUGGAACAUAUACCGGCGCUAGUUUUGGAGGAUUUCGAUAUUCACAACGCCUGGUCGCCAAAGAAACUACAAAGCAUUGUGAAUCUGCUCGAGUUGAUACGCAAAGAGUUUGGUGGUUUGAUGAAACGCGAUUUCCACAUUUAUAUGUUGAAGCUCUUGACGUUUGUGGGUGCUGCCUGCAAUGCCGUCUUACAACUGCCAGCCGACAGGCUGGCGCUGAUACAUCCAAAGAUGUGCGUCGUCUACAAGAACGUGCGCAACGCUGCGUUACUGAGUGUGGUUAAUUUCUUUGCACACAUCGAUGAGUUUGAAUGGGAGGCGUCGCAGGUGCGCUGCCUAAGCGAAGUCUACGUUUGGCCCACAAUUAAAAAGCUACCGCAGGAUGCCAUACACACGCCGACACCACUACUGCGUCUACUUUUGCAGUGGGGUAAAAAACCGCAGCACUUCAAUUUCUUGGCGCAACGACGCGAAGAGACUGCGGAUGUGCAGAAGUCACCAAUAAUCUUUCAUUUUGUGGUCACACUACUGUUGAAUGAGAAGGCCAAGCCAGCUGUGCGUCGUCCAAUUAUGGCGCUCGUUGAGCGUCUACUGGCCGUCUCAUCGGACGAAAGAGUAAUUGAAGACUCUACUGUCUGUAGUGGCCUGACCAUUGUAAAGCCUUACAUACCGGAGUUGUUGAAGCGCCUACGCAUGAACUUCAGCACGCGCGCUGCCAAGCAAGCCAUCGACAAACGUGAUCUCAAUAUACUCUCAUUGCUGACCGCGCACGUUGAGGAUGCGGAAACUUGCGACAGUCUACUACAGUUGCUACUGCCCAUACUCAUUGCGAAGUCGCAGCGCAAUGCCAGCGAAGAGGUCGUCACGCAAGUUAUAACAACGCUUUCAAAUCUCAUCAAGCAACUUGACGCGCCAGAAACAUAUAUACGCAAACUAGCGCCACUCUUCGAACAAACGCAAGAGGUGAACGCGCGAAAAUUGCUCUGCCAGCUAGUUACUGAUAUUGCACGCAAACGCCACAAACAGGCUGCACAGGGCAAUGAUGAAAACCUCGCUGCGUUGGCAACGCGUUUACAGCGCACAGCGCGUCUCACCGCUAUGCUAAACGCCUGGGACAAGCGCUGGGUCGAACAGCCCGACUAUGACAAGCGUCUCGAUGCACUCAAGGAAAUCGCUCAACUUUUGAACAUUGAAGAAGACGGCGUUGAUAUUGACCUCGGCGUGCUCGUCAUCUACAACUGCGUUUACUUCAUCAAAUACGACAAAGACAUGGGUCUACGCGACAAUGCCAGCGAACAUUUGCGUUUACUGCUGCCACGUCUCGCGCUACGCUACACCGUCGCCGAUAGUGACAAAUCAAAUUUGGAGUACUUAGUCGGCGACGUAGCCAUAAAUUUACUUAGACGCUUGGUUCGCGACAACAACGAUAAUGUGCGCUACGAGGGCAUACGUUUGCUGGGUGAAUUGGCACGGCAGGCACCCGCUACGCAUGCUGUCUUAAAGGAUCUGGCACCCCUUGGUGAUCAACAAGAUUCAGAGGUCGAUUUCUUCGAGAAUCUUACACACUUACAGACCCACCGACACGGACGAGCUUUGCUGAAAUUCUGCGCGCAUGCGCAAACAUUAACACAGCGUCCCUGCACGCGCACACUGACGGAGUUCGUAUUGCCUCUGGCCACCCGCUAUUUGCUGCAGGAGAAACACGCUGGUAAGCAUACGCUUAUCGAUGCCGCUAUUGAAACACUUGGUGUUGCCUGUCAACUCUUACCUUGGCAGCAAUAUCACGCGCUGCUGCGUUACUACCUCACCAAACUGCGUAGCACGCAAGAACAUCAGCGACAGUGCGUGCGCAUUGUAAUGCGCAUACUCGAUGCGUUUCAUUUCGAUUUAAGUCAGGCACAAACCGAUGCGCAAGCGCUGCAGCAACUACGGAGCAAAUUGAGCAGCGAGGAAGCGGAGAAGGAAAAUGAAGCCCAUGAGAAAGUGGAGACAGUUGCAUCAGCGAAGAAGCGAACAACUGAAGAAGAUGAAUCUGAGGCAGAGGAGGAUGAAGACGACGAGGAAGAUGAGGACAACGAGCUCGCCGCAGAACUAGCAGUUGCUGACGAAGAGAUCAGCUUAACCCACGAAGAUCCAGUAACAACAACUGCGACUUCCGUUUGCAUACUCAGUGAAGCACUAUUACUGCCGCCAGCCGCGGCCAAACGCGUCAUGCUUACCAUUACCAGCAUACUUAUCCCAACUCUAAAUCGCGCCAUAACAGAGCAGAGCUCUUACGAUAACAAGCACAAAGUGAACCGCAAACGUUUUAGCGCGGAGCGCGAAGAGGAAGAGAUACUGCGCGUGCCGAUCGCACUCGCGCUUGUAAAGUUGAUGCAAAAGUUGCCCAAAGAGCUGAUGGACACUAGUUUGCCCGGCGUUUUCAUGAAAGUCUGCACUUUCUUGCGCUCGCAACUCAAGUCUGUGCGCAUGCUGACGCGUGACAUACUCAAGAAGAUAAUGCUCGCGCUCGGCGCCAGCUACCUUUCAAUGCUUAUGGACCACUUACAGUCCCUGCUAACGCGCGGCUUCCAAGUGCAUGUGCUUGCCGUCACAGUACACGGCGUGUUGGACGCACUGCGUGAGCAAUUGCUGCCCGCCGAUAUUGAAAAUUGUCUGCAUAACUUGCUCGAAGUGGCUUUGAAUGAUAUUUUCGGCGACAUCACCGCCGAGAAAGAAAUCGAAAAGAUUGCCGCUCACACGCCUGAAGCCAAGCCGAGCGCGAAGAGUUACUUGGUGCUGCACAUCGUCGCGCGUAACAUACAAGACACUUGCUUGCUUGAUCUACUCAUGCCGUUCAAGGAGCAUCUCGCGCGCUCGCACUCACGCAAAAUCACGUUGAAGAUACAGGAUUGCUUUGCGAAAAUUGUCAGCGGUUUGGUGGAGAACGCGCAUAUUUCGAGAGAGAGCUUGCUCAUCUUUAUCUACGGCACUGUUUCCGAGAGCAUCACCGAUCUGCUGCCGGGCACACAGAAGCGCACGCUUAGCGAGCAGGAGAAGGAGCGUAUGCGUCGUGCACGGCCGGACUGCUUCAUCAUACAACCGGCGCCCCGCACGCGCUCUGGUGCCAUUACCAAACGCGUGCAAUCAAAUGCACAAGCGAAUUCGCAUAUACUCAUCGAGUUCGGCUUGGAAUUGCUGCAGAUCGUAUUGAAACGCAAGAAGCUCGUCGAUGUGGACUAUCAACCAUUCUUGAACCCCCUAUUGCCGUUGCUCCACGACGCACUCAAGAGUACCCAUGUGCGUGUGGUGACAUUCGCUUUAAAAUGCUUCGCGGCUAUCUGGAACGACGCCUAUGAGCUGCCAGCGCUGCAGCAGCAGUAUCUUAGUGACGUUGUUGAGCGCAUGUUUGAGAUAUUGAAGAACAUCUCUACCUUCGGCGCCAUCAAGCAGGAUGAGAACUUGAAGUUGGUGAAAUCCUCCUACAAAGCUAUUGUGGCCCUACUGCGUAAAUGUACCGACCACGAGCUCACGCCGGAGCAGCUGCAACAACUAGUUUUGUACGUCGAGCAAAAUCUGUACGAAGGCGAACAUCAGACGCUCUCGUUUUCACUGCUCAAGGCGCUGAUAGCCAGACGCGUCGAAGCUGAAUCUUUCCACCAAAUCAUGAAACGCAUUGGUGAUUUGACAAUCGUUUCACAGUCGGACUUUGUACGGGAUGAGGCACGCAGCAUACUGGUCAGCUACAUCAUGGAGUACACACUGAAGAAGCGCGUCGAUCAGAUUGUGAAAUUCUUCACGGUGCAGUUGCGUUAUUCGCUGCCCUCGGGUCGAUUGUCCGUUAUACAAUUCUUGCAUGCGUUGAUCAAGAAAUUCCCGCUCAAGAUACUCUCCAAGCGUGCUGAGUUUCUGUAUAUCUCCUUGGGACCGCGUUUGGUGAACGAUGAUGACCCGAGCUGUCGUAAGGCGAUCGCUGAAUGUAUUGAGCUUUUGAUUACGCGCUUAGAAAAGGUUGAUCGUCAGCGCUUAUUCGACAUGACCUUGUUGUUCUUCGAACCGGGCAAUAAACCAUCGGUGGCGGAAAUGGCUGCUUCGCUUUGUUCGCGUUUUUUGAACGCUGAGAAGCAAUCUUUUGCGCCGCGUCUGAAACUUGUGCUACCGACAAUAGUCGCGCGUCUGACAAUGAACAAUCCGGGCGCGCCUGGCCGCUUUGUGCGCGCACCAACUGCGCUGGGUUUCGAUGUAGAUGAGGAGAAGUUGAAAAAACGGCGAAAGUAUCGACAAAUUCCCGGUCAAAGCACCAAACACGUUGAGGAGACCAUACUCACAGAAGAGGAAGUGGCUAAGGCCGCUGAGGAGCAUCAACGAGCCAUCGAUCACGAAAUCAUACAGAUUCAAUAUUGUCUUCUCAAAAUGCUGGACUACUGCGCUGUGGAGCUGCUCAGCGGUAAUAAUACCGAGCUCAGUCAUGUGAUUGACGAACUCGCUUACGAAUCGCAAAAGUUGCUGGCGCAUGAGCACGCAUGGGUGCGUUUCAAUGCCGCUCAAAUUAUUGCGGUUAUUUUAAGUAACUAUGAUUAUGCGCGCGUCGGUGUACAGUUAGCCAAGACCCAAGAGGAGUCUGGGCAGAUGAGUGAGAAUGGAGUGAACCCAAACUUGGCGAAAUUCGAUUUCAUUUAUGCCAAUCCUGCUUACGAUAUUAAAUCACUGGUUUUGGAUUUGUGCGCGCAGGUCGUGCCUGGCGAGACGCAGCAAAAUAUGAUUGACGAAAUAGUCAAGAUAUUCCUCUUCAUAGGAAAUAUGCUCCGCGCUGUACCUUUUAGCAUCAAGCAAGAGAAACAAGAUGAUGAAGAUGCUGCUGUGGAGCCAAAGGAAAACGGCGCUACGCAGCAUACACAAGAAAAUGGCGUGGCUACAAAGAUCAAUUUGUACUGGUUGGUGCGGAACAUACGCUUUCUGAUUAACAAGGAGGUCACGAAGGCGCCGCAUGCCACCGUAGUGCGCUCCGCACUCUUCACUUUGAUCGAGGGACUCAUCACUUUGCUCAGCGUAGAAACGUUGGAGCGGCUUGCUCCAACCCUACUCGGUCCGUUAGUUCGGGAAAUGUCAGAGGAGGACCAAAAUGUCGACAGUGACUUGCGUCAACAGGCGCUGCGUGUGGGUAGUCGCUUGCGCAAGCGUAUUGGUGCUGAUUUAUAUGACAAACUGCGUACGCGCACGCAAACGACGUUGAUGCGCAGGCGCGCCGAGCGUAAGAAGUUGCUCGCACAAGAGAAGAUUCACGAUCCGGAGCGCGCAGCGAAACGUAAAGCUUCAACACAGGAACGCAAAAAAUCAGCAAAACGCUUGAAGGCAGAUGUGAUGCGGGGCAAGGCGGCGGAUACGAAACAUAAACUGAAUAAACGCAAGCGCAAGGCAGAGGAAGAUAUAUUUUAAUUUUUUUUUUUAAUAUUAUUUUAUGUUAAAUGAAAUGAGCAGUUGUUUUUAGAAUAAGUAUAAAGCAAAAUUUGUAUAAAGCAUAAUUUGUAUAAAAAAAUUACAAAGGUCAUUAAUAGAAUGAAAA